AACUCAAACGAUCAACGACUAACUAAUAAUGGCAUCCGUCACACAAAAUGUCGUUCGCUGGUCUGCACUUGCCACGGGUGUUCUAUACGGUGCCGUACACUUGCGCUCAGUAAAGAAUAUACAAGCGAAGGAGGAAGAACACCAAGCUGAAAAGCAUCACCAAGAACUCAUUGAGAAGGCACGUAAGGCUUGGGAUGAAAAGACCGCAUCACAAUCUAAGAGUAGCAACGGAUUGAUCACAGACCCAGAGAACCCAUCAUUUGACCUCGAGAAGUUCCUUGAAGCUAAAUCAAAAGAAAACUAGACAUUUCUAAUAUAAAUUCAAUUUCCACAUUCAAAAAGGCUGCAUGCAUAUUGCAAAUGUCGAUGAUAUACAAAAAAUUAUGGUCUCAUCAUGUUGAUGUAGCUAUUAGCUGCUUCGAAUGAUUCAGCCAGCUUGAGAUCAAUGGCUUUAUCUGCUUUGAGUGUACGAACGCAGACGAGUAC